CCGCGUACAUUGGCGGCGCCGCAGCAAAUACAUAGCUCGCGAUUUUCCAGCAUACUUAGCAGCGAACGGCGUGAUCAGCUGCGUCGGGGUCUAUGGCUCUCACGAUAUCCAUUUAUUGAAUCCUUACGACAGCUCACUCGGAUAUGGCGCCUAGCAAGUCUCGCGCGCCGGCAAAACCCGUACCUUCUGUGCAAGAGUUGCCCCAAAAGACCUUCAUCAUCGACAAUGGCGCAUACACGAUCAAGGCAGGCUACGCACCCUCCUUCCCACCUCCAGAAGAUGAGGAUGAAGCGCUUUCGUCUUGUUCCGUGAUACCUAAUGCGUUUGUCAAAACUCGCGGGAAUCGAACCUUUCUCGCCUCGCAGCUCUCGUCGCACGUCGCCGAAUGGAACGAAGUAGCCUUCCGUCGACCAGUGGAGAAAGGCUACAUAGUGAACUGGGAAGCACAGAAGGAGAUUUGGGAACAGUCUUUCUUCGAUGGAAAGACGGUUCGGAAUAGUAAUCUGCACAUUACCGACCCCGAGAAUACGACUCUGGUGCUCACGGAGGCACCCAACGGGCUGCCGGCGCUGCAGAAGAACGCAGACGAGAUUGUAAUGGAGGAAUGGGGAUUUGGAGGAUAUUUGAGAUGCGUUGGCCCGUCACUGAACGCAUGGAACGAGCUACAUUCUCUAUUUGGUGAUCCUGGAAAGCAGAUAACAGACUCUUCUGUCGUGCCGAUAGAAUGCCUGCUGGUCGUCGAUUCUGGCUACUCGCACACUACUGUUACUCCCGUGUACAAAGGCCGACCGCUUCAGCGCGGGAUACGAAGACUCGAUUUAGGUGGCAAGCACCUUACGAAUUAUAUCAAAGAAAUGGUCUCGAUAAGACAGUAUAACGUGGUGGAUGAGACGUACAUUAUGAAUGAGGUCAAGGAGGCUGUCUGUUAUGUAACUGGGGACUUCUCCGGCGAUAUGGAGCGGACCUGGAAAGGGAACCGAAAACGCGGCCAACCUGAUCCCGGGGAGGGGGUUGUGGUGGAUUAUGUUCUGCCAGAUCCCAACGCAAACAAGAAAGGAUUUGUGCGACCGCAUGAUCCUUUCCUCAACGCGAAGAAGAGGAAGAGCCUUCUGUCCGGAGUUGGUGGAGAGUCCUUGUCUGAAGAUGUCCUCGUCCUGGGCAAUGAGCGGUUCACUGUCCCGGAAAUCCUCUUCAACCCGAGUGAUAUUGGGAUGAAGCAGGCUGGGAUCCCGGAUGUGAUCAUGCAGAGUUUAUCUGUCCUUCCCACAGCAUUACAGGCUGCUUUCCUUGCCAAUGUGCUAGUUGUGGGCGGCAACUCUCUGAUCCCGGGAUUUAUGGAGAGACUAUACCGUGAUCUCCGUCAAAUCGCGUCCGCAGAAUGUGAAGUACGAGUCCGAAGGCCCAAGGACCCCAUACGCUCCACUUGGCUGGGUGCAUCACGUUUCGCGACGAACAGAGAAGAACUGAAACAAGUCGCUAUUACACGGCAACAGUACUUAGAACACGGUUCCACCUGGACUGGAAAGAAAUUCUCUGGAUCAGCGUAACGCAUAGUUCCAAUCUCGUAAUCUUGAUGGUGUACGACUAAGGAGUUUCUCAGGAAGUUUUGAAAGGUGCGAAAAGAGAUUUUUAUGUUUCAAAACGUUUCAGAAAAGGGGGAGCGUUUGCAGGCGGCUUUGAUUUAAAUGAUACCCUUGAUCUUAGUUAUGGAAAAUCUUGAUCUUGAGCUAUGUCUUCUUCGCAAUUGUAGUUGUCGACUCAAUAUGUAAGGCUAGAUGAGUGGUCCAUUCAUAGUAUAGGACUAACACCGAGAACAACUAUCCAGACUGCAUUUCAUACACAUUUCUUGCUAGCUUUAGGGUAUUCGGAAUCUUAAGAUUGGGUUGAAAUCAUAACCACCGCGACGCUGAAUAUUAUAUACGUUUUUAUCACUUAAUUCUAGUAGUCGUAGAAUCCCUUUCCGCUCUU